AUGGACUCCACCACGAAUAUCAAAAGCAGACUCACAGACUCUCAGACUACUGAAACCGUCGACAAUAUACACCAUCGAAUGAACGCAGCUGGGUUUAACUAUAACGUUGCGAGGGCAAUUGAAGCCCAUGGCGAAGUUUUCGCCACCGACCCGCUCUACGGAGGCCUUUAUUUCAAUCACCAAUGCACACUGCUCUACAUCCUGCUCAAAACUGCUGGUGCGGGCAACAAUAAAACCAAGGACUAUUGCAUGUCGUACCUGGAUGGGCAUUCGGCACUCAGGGGAAAGCUUGAUGCCGCAUAUGCAAGCAAAGACUUUGCUCAGCUUAUGGGAGAUCCCGAAAUGCCACCCAAUGAGCCUGAAGCAAUUGCCUCGGAGCUCACCACCAGCGGUAGUGGUCAAAGUCUCAAAGCGGUUUUUGAGUCUGAAUACAUAGGAAGCACAGAUAGACUUUUUAUCAACACCCUGAAUGCAGAGCGCAAAAGAUUUGCUGGAACAGCCGCCGCCCAGCAUGCAUACAACUGGUCAAUCUCAGUCAUUCAGUCGUCUGGCAUGGGCAAGUCCAGGAUGGUCGAGGAAGCUGGAAAUACAGUUUUCACUAUUCCGAUCAACAUUCGCGAACAAAUGCCAGAGAACAAAAAGGCAUAUCCUCCGCCAGAUAUAUGUGUACGAACCUACUUUGAGGCUCGCAGAAACGAAAGCGAUGAGAAGCAGCGAAUCGAUUACAUGCUCUUCCUCUGCAAGCUUUUCGACAAGGCCCAAGAACUGGUCAAGGAACACUGUAGCGGCUUGACUGGGCCAGACCUGGCUCGAAGCUGGGCAACAUAUCUCAGGGAAGGCCAAAAAGAUGAGGCAGUGGGGAGCAACAGAAGGCAGUUCUAUGACAACGUAGUUGAGUCUGCCAACAAGGCUAGCCAAGAUAAUAAUCGACAUCCAUUUGAGCUAGAGAGGCUCAUGAAGAGCAGCUGCGAUAAACUUCUCAGUACACUUAUGUCCAGCCAACCCGACAAGAGUGGUGAUAAUGUGUGCUUUGUGUACUUUGACGAGGCUCACCUUCUCACCUUGCCGGUCGAAAAAGCUUAUGAAGGCCACGAGCGCAACCAGUACCAUAACCUAGGAACAGUUCUUUCAAUGCUUAUCAACUAUAGAGUGUUCUUUAUAUUCUUAUCAACAAACUCUCGACUGGAAGGCUUUGCUCCCCCAGUAUCCAGCUAUCCAUCAGAACGGGUGACUAGCGGUUCAAAGCUGAUCUUGCCUUUCACCGAGCUACCUUUUGAUAUCCAUAGCAAAAAUAUGCUGAUAGAGAGACGACCAUUAACGCUUACAAAUGCGGCCGAUGUGGAUGUAAUGGCAGCUUUUGGACGCCCUCUAUGGAAUGCUCAGCGACAAGUCGAUCCAAGCUCAUGUGUCUUUGAAUUUGCGAUGAAUAAGCUGGGCGCCAAUGGAGUAGACUGGAAAACUAGCGACUCGACGCUUGCUGCUCUGGGGGUUCGCGUGGGGAUUACCUUUGACCAGACCAUACGUGGAUCAUACUUGAUCCAGUCAAAACUGGUUGAGUCACAUAUGCGCAUGGUUUAUUCUAUCCCAGAACAUCGAGAGUAUAUGCAUACUGGAGCACCCUCCGAGCCUGUUCUGGCAGAAGCCGCUGGACGAUACCUUUCUAGUGCGGGCCUCAAUUUAAAAGGAGUCUCUGUGGAGGGGCCUCGAAGACUAUGGGAGGAGCUGUCAAAUGGGUUGAUGGCUCGGGGAGAACGUGGAGAGCUUGCUGGCCGACUUCUUCUGACAUCGGCUCACGACAUUGCUCUGAAAAGCUGUUACGGAGCAUAUGAACCAAAAAAGAACACACCUUGGUACCAUCGUCCAAUCCCAGUUGUGGCCUUUCUUGAGGCCCUGUUUGGAGAAGAGCACCACCGGCUGAUAAUGGAGACCAAGUCCACGAACCCCCAAGGACAAGUCCAAAAGCUCAGUACUGCUUUUGCUGGAUGCUACGUAUUCUUCUCCCACUUUGGUCUUGCUGAUGACACAGAGAUGAUCUCUGAGUACGGCUUGGCGGUAGCACUUCUGCGCGGUGUAGCCCUCCAGGCCAAGGAUGGGCAGGAGUCAGUUGAUGCGGUAAUCCCAAUACACAUGGGAGCUCUGGAGAACCCCAUCCUGCCAGCAACAACGUCGGCAAUCAAUCUGCAGUUCAAGAACCGGCAGACGGCUCGAAGAUGUCAUAUCGAUAGGACGAUCACUGUUUCAGACCACAAAAAGCCCGUGAUAUCGAUCGUGUUUGAGUUCGCAGCCAAAACGAGAAGAGAAGGUCCUAUUCAGGCAAACGAAGAGCUCUGCCAUAGUGGUCAAAGCACCAAGCAAGCAGUAUGCGACAACUACCACUACCACUUCACCGCUCGUGGCUGCAACUCAGCCGUAUUUAAGGCCAUCCCCUCAACGACAGAGUUUCAAUACAAGGCAUUACUAGGGGGUGCAUCAUUCCUCGAAGACUUCCCACGUAGAGAGAAUAAGGAAAAUGUGGAGGCGCUUCUGGCAAUGAAGCCUAUGCUCAGCGGCAAGAGAGGCGAGACAGAAUACAGCAUACAAUGGAAAGGGGUCAAGAGAAAGCAGGCUUGA